UCCGUCGCGCUGCUAUGGCGUCAUCGCCUCGCGCUGCACGUCGGCGAGGUAACGCGUGGUUUUGGCGCCCGCGUGGAGUCCGGACUCGUGGCUCAGCUGUCUCCAUGGCCGCCUCGGAGCAGCCGACUGCGGCGAUGAAGCGGCGGCACAAGGCGCAGUACGUGCCGGGGCAGCAGGCCAAGCGGCCCCGGGGCGGCGGCGGGCCGCGGCAGCUGGAGCUCGGCAUGCAGGGCAUCCUCAUCACCUGCAACAUGAACGAGCGCAAGUGCGUGGGGGAGGCCUACAGCCUGCUCAACGAGUACGGGGACCUGCUCUACGGGCCCGAGAAGUUUACAGAUCAAGAUGGCAGGUUGUCAGGAAGUGAAGAGGAGGAAGAUGAUGUUGAAGCUGCCUUAAAGAAAGAAGUUGAUCAGAUUCGCACUUCGACUGAACAGAAGCUGAGAAGAUUCCAGUCAGUGGAGAGUGGAGCUAACAAUGUGGUCUUUAUUAGAACGCUGGGUGUAGAACCCGAGAAGCUCGUGCAUCAUAUAUUAAAGGACUUGCACACUACUAAAAAGAAGAAAACAAGAGUUAUUCUGCGCAUGUUGCCCAUUUCUGGAACCUGCAAGGCUUUUGUGGAAGAUAUGAAAAAGUAUUCAGAGACCUUCUUUGAGCCAUGGUUUAAAGCCCCUAAUAAGGGUACUUUUCAGAUUGUUUACAAAGCUCGUAAUAACAGUCACAUGAGUAGAGAAGAAGUAAUCAAAGAAUUGGCAGGAAUAGUGGGCAGCCUAAAUCCAGAAAACAAAGUGGAUCUUAAUAACCCCCAGUAUACCAUUGUGGUAGAAAUAAUAAAAAACGUCUGUUGCUUGAGCGUGGUGAAAGACUAUGUUUUGUUCAGAAAAUAUAAUCUACAAGAGGUGGUGAAGAGCAACAAGGAGGAACCAGUGCAGCAAAACCUGUUGAGUGCUUCACAAGAGGAGACGUUGAAAGAAAUAAAACUGGCAGAAGAGGACUCUAAAGAAGUGAAACCAGAAGACAAAGAUCAGAGUGAAGAGGAAUCUAAGCCCAAUGAGAGCGACAGUCAGCAGGCAUAGAGAAUGUGCUGGAAGGGGAAGACCAACACUAAAGAUCACUGUAAAAUAGACUGGCUUAGAGUUUUGAAAUGGACAUUUAAAGGGGAGCUUAAUUUUUUAUUUUAAAUUUGCCUUUUAAAAUAACCAAGUAUU